AUGGCGUCCCUCUGCAUGCGAUCUGGCCGCGUGCAAUCCGCCCUCCGCUCGGCCAGAAAUCCCAUCGUCGCCCGCCCGAGACUCCCUAGCAACCUCCCCCGACGUCAUGCCUCGACCGGCGCUGGCUCCUCGUCGACCGAAUCCGAGGCCGGCUCGAAUCUGAAGCUCGCUCUGUACGGCACCGCUCUCGCCGGCUCUCUCUACGUUUCCUACCUCUACGUCACCGAUACCAGAGCCUCGAUUCACCGUUGGCUCGUCCCUCCCAUGCUGCGCUUCCUCUACAGCGACGCCGAAGAAGCUCACCAUGCCGGCACGACCAUGAUGAAGACCCUCUACGACUUGGGCUUGCACAUCCGCGAACGCGAUAGAACCCUCGCUGAACACCCGGCUCUCGUGAGCGAGGUUUACGGUGUUCAGCUCGCCAACCCCAUCGGCAUCAGCGCCGGCCUCGACAAGCACGCCGACAUCCCCGACGCUCUAUUCGCCCUCGGCGCCGGCGUCGUCGAGGUCGGUGGCUGCACGCCCCGCCCGCAAGAGGGAAACCCCAAGCCGCGCGUCUUCCGCGUUCCGAGCAUCGACGGCAUGGUCAACCGGUACGGCCUUAACUCCCGCGGCGCCGACAGCAUGGCUUCCACGCUGAGGGAGCGAGUCCGCAGAUUCGCCCGCAAGGUGGGUGCUACGGAGCAGGAGGUUUUGGACGGCGAGGCUGGCGUCCCCGCGGGCAGUCUGCUCCCCGGUCGUCUUCUGGCCGUGCAGAUCGCCAAGAACAAGGAGACGGACGAGCGAGAUGUCAAGGCCGUCGCUCAGGACUACGUCUACUGCGUUCAGGCUCUCGCCAAGUACGCUGAUAUCUUGGUGGUCAAUGUCAGCAGCCCCAACACCCCUGGUCUGCGCGACCUCCAAGCUACCGAGCCUCUGACAAGACUGUUGAGCGCGGUCGUGGAUGAAGCCGCAAAGGUGGACCGCAAGGUUCGCCCCAAGGUCAUGGUCAAGGUCUCCCCCGACGAGGAGGAGGAUGCUCAGGUCGAGGGCAUCGUUCAGGCGGUCUGCAACAGCGGCGUCGACGGCGUCAUUGUUGGCAACACCACGAAGCGCAGGACGGGCGUCGUCCCGCAGGGCGUCCAGCUCUCGGCGAAGGAGCAGAAGGCCUUGAUGGAGACGGGCGGAUACUCUGGGCCCGCCAUGUACGGAAGGACCCUGGAGUUGGUCAAGAGGUAUCGCAGCAAGCUCGAUGCCCAGACGCUGCAGAGCGGCUCCGCCGAGGAGGCUGCUGCCAUCCCUUCCAUGGAUGGCACUCUGUCGGGCAAGGUUCACGACUUGAUCGAGGGCAAGGACACACCGAGAAAGGUCAUCUUCGCUACGGGCGGUGUCACGAACGGAGAGCAGGCGUUGAAGAUUCUCAACGCCGGCGCGAGUGUGGCUAUGGUGUACACGGGCUUGACUUAUGGCGGACCGGGAACAAUCACCAGGAUAAAGAAAGAGAUGGUGGAUCAGGCGUAG